AUGAACACCCCUUGCACUGAGAAACAUCGUGCGCUUGGUCCCUUUGAACCAACGGUCAUUCUUCAUGGCGGCGCGGGAGCAAUAUCUCGUGCUAGUCUGCCACCGGAGCUCUGGGCUCGAUAUGAAGCGUCGCUUUUGAAAUACCUGGCUGACGCACGAAAGCUGCUCGAUUCGGGCGCUUCGGCGCUCGAUGCAGCCUGUGCUGCUGCAACAUGGUUUGAGGACGAUCCGCUCUUCAACUGUGGCCGGGGCUCGGUCUUCACCGAACAAGGUACCAUUGAAAUGGAAGCCAGUGUGAUGGUUUGUUCACUUGAUCCCAGUGGUUCUCCUGCAGGACAGAUAAAGCGUGGUGCCGCCGUCAGUCUGAUUAGGAACACAAGGCAUCCCAUCCUCCUGGCCAGGGAAGUAUUACUCGCCGCAGAUGGGGAUCAAGGUAUGGGCGGCACAAGCACCAUGCACUGCCACCUCAGUGGUCGAGAUGUCGAGGAAUGGGGCUGGAAGGAGAAGGCACUAGAAGAGAAGCCCGAUCGCUGGUUCUGGACGAGAAAGCGAUGGGAAGAACAUCGUCGUGGCCUCAAUUUGCAGAAUUGCUAUACCUACAACGAUCUUCUAGCGUCUACAGGCCGCUUCGCGGCUAUGGAGGAAGACGGCGGCGGCGGCGACGGUGUUCACGAAUACCCUAGUCAAGGCACAGUUGGCGCAGUGUGCCUCGAUUCCUGGGGAAACCUAGCUGUGGCAACAUCGACCGGCGGGCUAACCAACAAAAAGGCAGGGAGAAUUGGAGACACACCAACUAUAGGUUCUGGGUUUUGGGCUGAGACUUGGGAGGAACAACUCCCGGCGACGACCUCGGCCGUGAUGAGAACAAGACAAGAGCAAGACUACGGCCCUAUAACAAGUCGGCUGUUGCGACCGAUUGGCGGUGUACUGGGCUCAUGUCUCAACCUAUUCCAGGACUAUGAAGAAUACCAACCUGUGAUCAACUCUCGGGCAUACAAUUCAGCCAGCCAAUAUCGCUCUCCUCUGCAGAUUCCCGAUAUCAGGCGCUCGACGUCCCAAAUACGUCGUCGUGCUGUUGCUAUGAGUGGUACGGGCAAUGGUGAUUCGUUCUUACGGACCAACGCCGCGCGGACGGCUGCCUCAAUGUGCAGAUUUUCUUCCAGCAUAUCUCUCACACAUGCUGUCAAUGCAAUUGCCGGACCUGGUGGCGAACUACAACAGUCAGCGGGUGAUCGAUGGGGACUCACAGGCGAAGGCGAGGGCGGAAUCAUAGGCAUUGAGAUUGAUGAUGGCCCUGUUCCAACGGAGUUUUCAGUGGCGCAUGGCUACCCUCACAGCAAGAGCUCGAGUGCUUGUCUGUCGACGAAGAAGAGGGGAAGGGUAGUGUUUGAUUUCAACUGCGGAGGCUUGUUCCGCGCGUUUUACGAACUGGAGGAAAGGACUGGCAAGGAGACACCUAAAGUUAUGGUGUUCAAGAAGGAUUACUGA